AUGAAAGGAUGGACCUCGCCCUUUGCGCAACAAUCCAGCUUUCAGGGCCAGGGGCGCAAGCUCGGCGGCGGGGAAGGCUCGUCCGGCGGAGCGGGGGGGUCGCGCCCGCUAGGCGUUCCGCGCACGGGCGCAGCGGCGGGGCGGGCGCUGCAUGAGACGGCGGAGCGGCAGGAGCAGCUGCAGAAGCAGCAGAAGGAGGAGUGGCGGCAGCAGAUGCACCAGCGGUGGGCGGGGGCGGGAGCGGGACCGCCGACGGCGCAAGGGCAAGGUCAGGGGAAGGCGCAGCAGGCGCGGGAGCUGCAGCUUCCGCAGCAGCCGCGCUCGCCAGGAUUUGGAGGGGGAGGUGGCGUCGGCGCCGGUGCUGGCGCGGGCGCGGGCGCGGGUGCGGGCGCGGGUGCGGGUGCUGGUGCCGAUGCUGGUGCUGGCGCGGGUGCUGGUGCUGGCGCGGGUGCUGGUGCUGGCGCGGGUGCUGGUGCUGGCGCGGGUGCUGGCGCUGGCGCCGGUGUCGGCGAAGACAACCCCACUGGCACAGCCCCUCGGGCGAACACGAAUACGGAAACGGAAACGGGCACUCACGAUGAUGCUAUGGAGUCGGUGCAUCACGCUGCGGCUGUCGUGCUCUCUGCCAGUCCCCCAGCGGCCACUCUCGACAUCCUCACCCGCAUCCUGCGUAACAUUGUAACUGACCCUGGUAACCCGAAGUUCAAGCGCAUUCGCCUGGGCAACCCGCGGAUUGCGGACACGGUUGGCAAGGCAGCAGGGGCCAUGGAUCUGCUGCGGUCCGUGGGGUUUGAGGUGGUGGAAGAGGCGGGGGAAGGCGGUGCUGCUGGGGGGAGUGCGGUGGCAGGAGGUGUGGAGCGGUGGGCAGUGAUGAGGGAGGUGAGGCUGGAGUUGGUGAGUGAGGCUGUGGCAGUGCUCUCGGCUGUGGGAGGGCAGAGUAGUGCUCCUGCUACUCCUGCUGCUCCUCCUGCUGCUGCUACAGCUGUUGGGUCUAGGGCUGGUGUUGCGGGAGGGAGUGGUGGUGCUACACCUGCUGCUGCUGCAACAGUCUCUGCGGCGGCAGCGGAGGGUGGGGAGCAGGAAUCAGUGCCACCCAUGCCCAGGAUUGACCGGCAGGUGCGGGUGUUCCUAUCGACAGAAGAGAACAAGGCAGCGCGCAUCGAGGUACCGGACUCGUUCUUCGACCGCACGGCAGAGGACGUGCGGCAGGAGGCGAUGGCGCGGCGCCGUGCACAGGAGGGCGCGCAGCUGCUCAUGACGCGCGCCAUGCGCGAGAAGCAGGCCGCGGCGCUCAAGCGCAAGUACCGCGCGCGCGGCCAUCGUGCGCGUCAUGUUCCCGGACGGGCUCGUGCUGCAGGGCGUGUUCCGACCCACUGA